UAAAAAAGGGCAAAAACACCAUUGAAUCCCAAAGCCAUCCAUAUAGACUGAAACAACAACAAUGGGGGAAGAAGUGAAGUUUCACGGCAUGUGGGCGAGCCCUUUCAGCCGAAGAGUGGAACUAGCACUCAAACUCAAAGCCAUACCCUACCAAUACAUUGAAGAAGAUUUGUCAAACAAGACCCCUUCGCUUCUACGUUAUAAUCCCGUUCAUAAGAAAGUUCCUGUUUUAGUGCACAACGAUAAACCAGUUGCCGAAUCAAUGGUCAUUAUCGAGUACAUGGACGAGACCUGGGAAAACAACCACAUUUUGCCUCGGGAUCCUUAUGAAAGAGCAAUGGCUCGCUUCUAUGCUAAAUUCAUUGACGAUAAGGUAUAUCAAAUUUCAACCCUUUUCUCAUUCAACAAUAGUUUGGUCAAAUUCUAUAUAAGGUCCAUGUAUUAUAAGUUUUUGACAUAUCUAAUUUUCUACUUAUUUAGCACAUUAGCUAAGAGUGUUGACCUUAUUCCCAGGAUCGAUAGGAUAGUUGUGUCAUGUGUGCAUGUAGGUGAAGCUCGGGAGGAAAAACCAGAGACUUUUUCCCAAUAAUGUGUGUUUUCAAUCAUGUCAACUCCUUAAAAUCAUGGCUUAUAUAUAUAUUUUAAAAUAUAUAGUGAUAUGAUGGACAAAUAUUAUCAAUUUUCUUUUAAAUGUG